GAGCGUGGACGGUUUGCAGCGGUAACUCUGUAACACCGGAGUGAAAUUUGCAGUCACCAGGGCGGCGGUGGUGACAGAGUAAAGGGAGAAGGGAGAGAGGCAGAGAGGGAGAGGGGAGCAGAUACUUGGGAACGCAUCGCAGCAGGACAGACAGUCGACUCUGAAGGCGCUCAGCCGGCGACGGAGACGGAGCAGGAAGGUGUCGGUGAUGUCGUGGGGUUCGUGUGUGGGUUUAGGGUGCAGGAUGACGGCUGCCAAGAUCCUCCUUCCCCUCCUUGUUCUUCAGUCAUUUUGUGAAGGCUCCAAUCAGCCGCCACGCUUCCAGAACUACUUUUUUUCAACUUACCUCCUCAUCUAUGAAGACAUGCCUAUUGGUUCUUCGGUUGCCCAGCUUAAAGCGACGGAUCCGGAGGGGGAGCCGCUCAUAUACGGCGUUUCAGGAGAAGAAGCCAUGAAGUAUUUUUCUGUGAAUAAGGAAACGGGCGUGGUCUGGCUUCGACAGCAGCUCGACCGUGAGACCAAGUCAGAGAUGCAGGUCGAGUUCUACGUGAGCGACCUUCAGGAGGUGGUGAAAGAUACAGUAAACAUCCAGAUUGGAGACGUGAAUGAUAAUGCACCAAACUUCCAUGGUCAGCCGUACACGGUUCAUAUCCCUGAGAACACGCCGGUGGGCCGAUCGAUAUUCAUGGUGAACGCCACAGAUCCGGACCAAGGCACCGGGGGCAGCGUUCUCUUCUCUUUCCAGCCUCCUUCGUCCUUCUUUGCCAUCGACGGAGCCCGAGGCACCGUGACCGUCACCAGAACGCUGGACUAUGAGACAACAACUGCCUACCAGCUCACCGUAAACGCCACGGAUCAAGACAAAGUGAGACCUCUGUCCAGACUUGCAAACUUAGCCGUCAUCAUCACUGAUGUCCAAGAUAUGGACCCUAUUUUCACCAACCUACCCUACAGUACCAACAUAGAAGAGAACGUUCCUCUGGGGUAUGAAGUCAGGAAUAUAACAGCCAUUGACCAGGAUCUGGGCCAACCCAGAGGAAUCGGCUACACCAUCGUCUCAGGAAACACCAACAGUGUUUUUGCCCUGGACUACAUCAGCGGCUCCCUGAAGGUGAACGGCCAGCUGGACAGAGAAAACCCGCUCUACUCAGCAGGAUUCAAUCUCAGGGUCAAGGCCACAGAGUUGAAGGAUGAUCGCAGUCCGUCAGACGCGACAGUGAUGACCAGCUUCACCAUCCUGUUAAUUGACAAGAAUGACAACGCCCCAACGUUCAACAGCUCCGAAUACCGGGUUCGCAUCACUGAACUGGCCCAAGUGGGCUUUGCUCUGCCGCUCUACAUCCAGGUGGAAGAUAAAGACGAGGGGGUGAACAGCAUGUUCCAGGUGUUUCUGACCGGAAACAAUUCAGAGUACUUCACCAUCUCCCCCACGGCGGUGCAGGGGCGUGCCGACAUCCGUGUCAGGGUUGCCCAGCCACUGGACUUUGAACAGAUUCGGAGCUUCAGCUUCUCACUGUAUGGCAACGAGUCCAUUUCGGAUCACGUGGGAUUUGCACGGGUCUUCAUCGAAUUGAUCAAUGAAAAUGACAACCGGCCCAUCUUCAGCCAACCUCUGUACAACAUCAGCCUUCCAGAAAACACACCACCUGGUACCACGCUGCUGCAAGUCCUGGAGUAAAAGUCUUCCAGUUGUCUUCCACUUCUGACUGGGUUCUCUUGAGACUUCGGCGUAUGUGGGG